CGCGUCGCCGCUGGGCUAGUGUGGCGUGCGUGUGAGCGGUCGGCAUAGAGUCGGUGUGGCCGGCCCACUGUGGGUGUGUGCGUCGCGCUCGUACAUGACGUUGACGCGGCUCCAACAACGAACGACCAACGACGAACGUCUCAUACAUUUUACCCCCGCCAAGUUUUACUGUUCACAUUGAUUGACGUGCCAGUGUGUAUUUGCCUUCGAAACGCGUACGACGUGUAGAACAAUUUUUUAUUAGAGAGACACACGAGCGCCCCAUUAACAAAAAGCAGAUUUUAUUAUUUUUUAUACAAUCGUUUUUCGGUUUCUCUCCGGUGUGUGCUCGUCGCACUCUCAGCUCAGUACGGGAAUCAUUAAUUUUUCGUCGUCGCCGUCGAUUUAAUAACUGCCCACUGUCAGCGUCGAGUAAUUUAUUUCACUACCGAAAAGUAUAAUUCAAAACUCUAAUUGAAAAUUAGCUGCUGGGGUAAGAAAUAGUGGCUGCGUGCGAGUCAGGUGGUGUUUUGAGUGGCGUUUGGUUUGCGAUUUUGUUUGUUGGCUGCAAAGUGUCCGCUGCCCGGUCCCAGCCAGCCUAGCCGAGUGUACGGAUUUAGCGGAGCUUGGACCCGGUCCCGCCCGGUGUGCAUGGUCGCAGCGGCGGAAAUUGAGAAUUGUCCAAAAGUUUGGCGUGAAAUGUUGCACUGAUAUCGGCCGCAAGGGAAAAGCCGCACGGAACGAGCGAGAGCCAAAAUCACGGCAGCCAGGCGAGACAGGGAGCGAGUGUCCAAUUCGAUUGACAGAAAGAGAGGAAAAAACAAAAGAAACGAAUAAUAUGCUGUCGAUCCUAGUGCUGGUGUAUCAUCCAGUGUGAUUGUUGCUUCAACCCUACACUGGUAUCAGCUGUUCGCGGACUUCAGUUGAUCAUUAAUCACCGUCAUCUUAGGACGUCGUCUCCCGUAAAUCGGACAGACAGAGCGCGAAACGGGUGAACCCCUUUUUUGUCGGGCGAAGCAACUAAUCAACCAACCUAUCCUUUCGCCGCUAGUGCUAUAACGGGACGUCGAGAACAAGACUGCAGCGCCAUCUGACCACAGCAUUACGCGACAAAUUCCCAAUCAAUCAACUGUAUACGAUUUUUCACCUAAUUUGGACGAGGCUAGAGUUUAAGCAGGAGAAUAUCGCGGAAGCAACAAGGGUGAAGCAGGCGCCAGGGUGACUCCAGUGAAACAGUUUCGACCCUAUAAGGCCUCGCUCGAAAAUGGUAGACCAUGCUAGGGCUAUCGACGCUUCCUGGACCGCACUCGAGAGGAACUGCAGCCACUUGCGCUAGUCGAAUUAGCGCGCCAAAAUUCGGGCCGGUGCACCUAGAUUCGCCCAGGGCAUCGACCAGUGCCAGCUAUAACUACUUCCGGGCCAAGCACAAGCUGUCAGCGUUUUAGGUGGUCAUUAGUGCGUCGGUUUGUUUGUUUUCCCAACAAGUGCAUUAAAUCAUCUGCUCGCGUUUGCGGUACUCGCGGAUCUACUAUCGUCGGUGUCGGAUCGGUCGCGGUGACACAGAAUCAACAGAACGAUUUCAUGUGAACCACAAAUAUCGGACGGACAGUGUGACUAUGAUUGUGAUCUAAUGAGACAGGUUACGGCCCAAACAAUGCACAUAUACCUCUAGUAUACUACCCACUUGCAACCGCUGCAGCUAUACGAUACUUAUUACAAUACAAAUCCUUACAAUCCGCACUUCACUGUAUACGGCUUAUUUAAGAGUGUAAACAACAUAUUUAUAGAUAUACGUAUAUCUAAUUGAUAAAUCUAGUGAAACCAAAAUUUCAAGAAAAUCUAUUAUUAUAAUUGAAGUCUAGUGUUCGCAAGCAAAGUGAAACGAAAAAAGAAAUAUUUUUAAAAAUACCAAGUGCUCUCCCUGAUCUAUGCAACUAAAAUAGUUUUUUCUUUGCUGGAAAACGAGGAGCCAAGAGAAAAACGAAUAUUUUUUGUCCAUGUGCUUUAUGUGUUAAGAAAAAAAUUGUUGGAUUGUUAUUCCGGUGAAUUUAUGUUUAUGGAAAGUCAAAUUGUUUGAAGAUCCUGCAAUUUUCCGUUUACGAGCUUCUUCGAUAGUGUUACACUUUUUUCAAUUUUGGUUUUUUGUGUUUAAAAGUGGCACAAGUCGGGCUGGAAAUCGCUCCCAGAGCAUUGAUGGCUCAACCUAGGUAUGACGAUGGCCUGCACGGCUAUAUGGACUCGGGAGCAGCAGCAGCAGCUAUGUACGAUCCACAUGCUGGACAUAGGCCGCCUGGAUUACAAGGCCUACCACCACAUCAUUCACCACACAUGAGUCAUGCAGCGGCAGCUGCAACAGUUGGCAUGCAUGGAUAUCAUUCGGGUCAUGGUACACCUAGUCAUGUAUCACCGGUUGCUAAUCAUUUAAUGGGAGCAAUACCAGAAGUACAUAAACGUGAUAAGGAUGCUAUAUAUGAGCAUCCACUUUUUCCACUAUUGGCGCUUAUAUUUGAAAAAUGUGAAUUAGCCACAUGUACGCCACGGGAACCUGGUGUGCAAGGUGGUGAUGUAUGUUCGUCAGAAUCAUUUAAUGAGGAUAUAGCAAUGUUCAGUAAACAGAUACGAUCACAAAAACCCUAUUAUACGGCGGAUCCCGAAGUAGAUUCACUUAUGGUGCAAGCAAUACAAGUACUUCGAUUUCACCUGUUAGAAUUAGAAAAAGUUCAUGAAUUAUGCGAUAAUUUCUGUCAUCGAUAUAUAUCAUGUUUAAAGGGUAAAAUGCCAAUAGAUUUAGUGAUUGACGAACGGGACACCACCAAACCACCAGAAUUAAAUAGUUCAGCAAAUGGUGAGGGGCGAAGUAAUGCUGAUUCAACAUCGCACACCGAUGGAGCUAGUACACCAGACGUUCGGCCUCCUAGUUCGUCGUUAUCAUACGGUGGUGCUAUGAAUGACGAUGCACGAUCGCCGGGCGCUGGUAGUACACCGGGACCUCUAUCACAACAGGCACCUGUGUUAGAUACAUCAGAUCCAGAUGGUCGAUGGUGUCGAAGAGAAUGGUCAUCGCCUGCAGACGCUAGAAAUGCUGAUGCAUCAAGGCGGUUAUAUUCCUCAGUCUUCCUAGGUAGUCCCGGUGACGCAAGUAAUGCUAGUAUAGGUAGUGGUGAAGGAACGGGUGAAGAAGAUGACGAUGCCAAUGGCAAAAAGAACCAAAAGAAACGUGGCAUUUUUCCAAAAGUAGCAACAAAUAUUUUAAGAGCAUGGCUGUUUCAACAUUUAACGCAUCCGUACCCUUCGGAGGACCAGAAAAAGCAGUUAGCACAAGACACAGGUUUAACAAUACUUCAAGUAAAUAAUUGGUUCAUAAAUGCGAGGCGGAGAAUCGUUCAACCAAUGAUAGAUCAAUCAAAUCGAGCAGUUUAUACACCUCAUCCUGGUCCAUCAGGUUACGGUCAUGAAGCGAUGGGUUAUAUGAUGGAUAGUCAGGCACAUAUGAUGCAUCGUCCACCUGGCGAUCCAAGUUUUCAUCAAGGCUACCCGCAUUAUCCACCUGCAGAGUAUUACGGACAACAUUUGUAAUUUAGGGACAAUAUUUUUUAAAAAUAUUUAUAUAUGUAAUGCUGUUAUUUUAUUUUUGUUUGUAAUAACGAAAAUUGUGUAAAAAGCGUUCACCCAGUGAUUAUGCUCGAGUUUUUCAAGUUGUUUUUGUUUCACCACCCCAAACGGCAGAAUAAAAGUCAUAUUCGGCCAGCCUAGCUCAUCCUUCAAUAUUGUGCAUAGUUAAAAUCUAAUACAUUAGAACACAAAGAAAUUAUGAAGUAAAAUUAUUGUGCAAAUAGUUUUGUUACCACAUCAUCAGCAACUACGAUAGACAAAAACUUGUUUAAGCAACCAACGAGUCGGGAGACGAAGUGAGUUUUAGUCUCAUGAAAAUAUGGAAAAAUUAAUGAACACAAGAAAAUAAUUUUCAGUAUGGAAAAAUCAUGAAUUUUAUUUUUCGACUUGAACCUAAAGCGAAAUGCAAGCGGAAACAACGAGUUUAUAACAUACAUAUAUAUAUUAAUUUUUCCUAAGAACAAAUAGAAAAUGAAAAAAAUCUACCACAUAAACUUAAAAAGAAAACGAAAUUAUAACUAAAAAGUGAAGUGGUCGACGCAAGUAUUUUUUAAAAGCAUAAUAUGGUUAAAUUAAUAUGUAAGAAAGAAUAAAAUCAAGUGUGAGUGAGCUAAAACUUUCGAAAUUAUUAUAAAUAGUGUAGUGAUUCUGACAGUAAAUUUGAUUCGUGACUAACGUUUAAGUAGAACAAUUUAAAUAUGGAAACAUAUUUUCGAAACGACUGGGGCGAGAAGUAGCGAAGAGGCAGUGAAUUGUAAGCGACCAGUGAAAAAUUAGUUGACUGAACUUUGAAAGUGUACGUAAUCGAAGGUGAAUUCCAGUUCUAAACUAAAUCUCUGCAGCUUUCUUAGCGAUCUUGUAAAUAUAGAGGAAUAAAGAUCCGCUAUAAAAUGCCCUUAUCAUUGUAGUACUGGUAACAUCGUGGCAAUAUCGACUGAUCACAUAAUAAAAAAAUUCAUAACAACAACUUUAAACAAAGCUAAAGAUUAUAUAUUUAGAUAUUGUAAGGCACUAUUUACAAUUCAUUGUUUAAAAUUAAAAAAUGAAAUAACAACAAAAUCACAUACACCCCUUACAACUAAAGUCGUCGCUUUUAAAAAUCGCAAGAUAUAAAGAGAACGUAAAAAAACUAUACAUAUUAUUGAGAAUCAUUAAAACAAUAAUAAAAUAAUAAAACGGCAUAAAUGAAGCAAACAACCUAAUCUAAUAUAAUAAUGUAAUUUUGUGUAAUUAAUAAUUUUAGUAUAAAAAAGUGCAUAUUUCCUAGAGUAAGCCUAAAAACUAGAUGAUUGAAUUACAAGAACUAAAUUUAAAAAGUGAAUCCUGUUAAAUUAGCAUAUGUAUGAAGGCAAGAAAUAAGAGAAAAAAAUUCAAAAAACACAAAAAAUGAAACAAUGGUAUACUAAAUCAGAACAAAACCUAUACAUAUACAUGAUAGAAGAAAAUGCAAAAAAACAUAUACGAGUACAUAAAAUAAAGAAGAUCUUAACUUUACUAUUAUUAUUAUAUACAUGCAUAUACAAAAAUUGAAUUGUAAGAACAAGAACAUUGUAAAAAUCUUUAAUUAAUUAUAAAUAUAUUAAUUUAAUUUCAAGUUAUAAGUUUAGAUAAAAUCAUGUGUAAAAUGGUCAAAAAAAUUCGCACAUAUACAGACACAGUAACACAUACCCUCAAAUCCAAAACAAAAAUACUACAUUAAAUAGAAAAUUUUAACAAACAGCCAUGAAAUUUGUGAAGACAGGUCAGUUUAAAAUGCAAAUGAAGGAAACCUCACUUAACAAAAAUCUAUAGAAACAAUUUCUUGAAAAUAUUCUUUUUGACAAAUUUCAUACCCUUCUGUGUGCGGAAAAAAAAUUAUAGAACAAAAAUCAUCAUUUCACUUUUCCUCGAAAUACAUAUAUGCAAGAAAAAUUUAGAAGAUCCAAAUUCUAUGGGAGCAUCUAUUACAUAGAUACGUAUUUCUAUUUGUUGUUCGAGCACAUUGGAUUUGUUUAUAUACCUUUUCGAAGGGGAGUUUUUUCUAUAGCAUUUUUGUUCAUGAAGUUUCUUUUAUUUAUGUUUCUCCUUUAAGGAGAAAAAUACGUACAUGUUUGGGAAAGUAUCAAUCCUAUGGAAAGGAAAAACUAGAAGAAAAAUUUUAUUGUCUAUUAUCCAACAAAAGAAGCGUUAUUAUUUUAUUAUUUUUGUUUUGCAUUUUAAUUUUUAAAUUUAUUGAAUAAAGAACGAAACAAUGAGAAUUAAA